AUGCGGACCGCUCGGGCGGUGAGCGAGGUGGACGGCCGCUGCCUGGCUAUCCUGCCCACCAGUGGUAAGGCAGCAAUCCGGGGUUAGGCGGGUCUGGCUCCGUUCCCCCCCCCUUUGGACCGGUGGGGGUGAUCCCGGUCCCCACCCCGAGACCCAUCGUACCACAACAAGGCCGGCACUUGAAGCUGAGGCAGAGGACGGACGGUGAGCCCAAGCGAGCAGGUUACAGCAGCGGAGGCCGGCAAUAUGGCGGACGCCACGUGCACUUCCCACCCUGGGAAAAUUAGAAGCCAUACUUAAAGCCUUCUGGGAAAAAUUGGCAAGCAGACAGCAGGCGCCAACCCAACCUCCAGAUGAGCAAGUAAGCACUAAGCCACCCGAGCAACAAAGCCGUAGACAUACAGCCCUGCAAACGAACAAUGCCACAAGAGGGCGCAGACGAAGACGGCUUCCCCUGGCGACACGCAAGAUCACUGGGCACAAGUACCGGGAAAAUGCUUACCUCCACCGCCAGUUGCCGCCGAACUCACACAAGACCAGCACACGUCCACAGCCUGCUAAGAAGCAUGCAAGGAACAAGUCCACUCCUUCAGACCGGAAUCUGUCCACAAAACUACAACCUCAACAAGCCCAACUGAGCCCUGCCUAUGCACAGCAACAAGAAGUCCAAUGCAGAACGACAGGUCGAAAGGGGCUGACACCAACCACAGUGCGAGACCAACCGACGGGUCAAAGAUUCAACUACCUGCUCCAGCACACGAGUGGCAUCGGGUGA